AUUAUCAUAUCAAUCAAUUGUCAAAAUCUUUUACUGAUGUUUUCUUUUUCUCUGUUUUUCUCAGCGUUUUAUAGUUUUUUCGGUGGAUUAAUUUUUUUUUAUAAGGUUUAAGUGUACAAUCGAUAAAUAUGAUGACUAAAUUAGAUACUACGCAAAGUACAUCAUUUCAUUCUUCAGUAGCUUCAUCUUUAGGAGACAAGACCGAUGACGGGGUAAACAAAAAGAUCAACAUAAAAGAAUGGCUGAAGUCACGGAUAUUUCUGGGUCGCUACACAGAAAGGAGGCUUGUGAAUGCAGAUAUUGGGUAUCGAGACGUCGUACUGAUAAGUCCCGCUGAGACGGAAUUUAAAAGGGACUUGAUAGAAGCUGUCCAUCAACUAAAACUAUUAUACACUGUUAAAUGGAUUGGUGUUACAGAUUCUGAAGCCUUAGGAUACAGACCUCAUGGUAUAUGCGUAUGGACAGAAAUCGAAAACCAACCAUUUGGAGUAUUUUGGUUUCAAAUCAAAACUGUGAAGAUUCGAGACAAUGAAGUUAUUAUAGCAGUAAAAUGCUUGAGACACAUAACUGACGCAUUUUUGGAAGUUGAACCCAUUCUGACUGGACAAAAAAAAGUGAAUGAAGCAAAUUCGAGUAAUAAUGGAGUUGAUAACACUUCCAUAAAAGAAACAUAUACUGAAAUUGUUGAAACUCUUCAAAUGUCUUUAUCUAUCAGAAAUCUGAAAGAAUUAGUAACAUUUAUCUUUGCAUUUGUUAUUGCCAUAUUUAGUGGUAGCACAGCUUUUAUAAAUUUCUUGGGUAAUUUUGUUUUAGCACUAAUAAGAGAGCUAUCUAUUCUAGUUAAAAAUACUACACCAAUGUUCUUGGGAGUAUUGGAUUUUUUAAGCAAGAUUGUUGGUGGCUUUUAUAUACUUUUAGCAAUGUUUUUUAAACCAAGUCCUCAAGUUGCUAUUAAGAAUAGAAGUAUUCAAUAUGGCAGGCACCAACGGGCACAUAGUAGCCACUAUAUUGAUGAACAAAAUGAAUAUGAUCCUAGAAAUUUUGAUUAAAAAGUAUGAUUUCUUUUGAAGAACAUUUUUGUCAGAAAUGUCUUACAGGACUUAAAUAAAUACCAAAGUUUAAUCUCAAAGAUUUUAAGUCUGCCACAUAAAUAUAGGCACAUUUUAAGCUACAAAAGAUAUUGACAGAUUUGGUUGUAUUAUUGAAAUAAUAAUAUAUUGUUUUUAAAAGGAAUAAAAUAAAAUAGUGUAUAAGGCUAAACACUAUGUAUUUUUAUAUAAGUGGAUAUGCAAACAUUCCUUUCUGCUUUUAUCUUAUUAAAACAUUUUCCAUAUUGGUAAAAAUAGGGGUGGUGAAUGAAAAGUUUUUUAUAUUCUAUAGAUUUAUUUUUUGUACACUAUUUAUUUAUAAUAUGUUUAAUUUAACAAUGACUUAAUGUUGCAUUGCUUUUAUAAAUAUAUGUUUUAAUUUACUACA